AUGGUUUUUAUAGCACCUCUGCGCCAGAUGUCAUCUGGGAGCGUUCCCGGCUCUUCUGGAGAGAACAUGAUUUACUAUCUCCUCGCUGGUGUUGCUGCUUUUGGUGGUUUGUUUUAUGCCUACAGAGUAGUCAGUUCAUCCCGCAGCAACUAUAUUGAACAUAUGAAUAUUCUUCACGAGAGAGCUGCGGGGCGGAAAAGCACAAGCAAGGGUGAUGAAGAAGAGACAGCUGAAGUUACUGAAGCAGAGACAGCCACGGAAGAGGCUGAUGCAGAUGAGGGUGCUGGACCCACAGCACAGGAUGAGAAUGCUGGGGUAUCCCCAGACACUGGAGGCGAGGAUGACUUACUGGCUCCAGAGGCAUCACCUGCUGUGGAGGAAGCCCAGCAGGAAGCUGCUGCUAAUUCAGAAGCUGCUGCUAAUUCAGAAGCUGCUGCUAAUUUGGAAGCUGCUGCUAAUUCAGAAGCUGCUGCAGUGCAAGAAACUGUGAGUGAAGUCUUGGAUGUUGCAGCUUCUUCUGCCCAGGAAGAAAACUUAGACAGUGUCAAGGAAGGAGUAGCCUCAGCAGCUCAAGAGAUUUCGGACACACCCUCAAGGAGCCAGGACAUUGAUGCUGAGGAGUCGGGGCAAACUUCAGAAGGUGCAAGAGUACAGCUGGUUUCUGUGGAGGAGAAGACACCUGAAGAAGCUGCUACGGAACCCUAA